CCUUCUAAAUUUGUAAUCGCUGAGCCCUGAACAUUUUUCUUCAUUUUCCAUAUUCGUCUUCCUUUUAUGUUCGUUUGCCCGACCCUGGAAAUUUUGGCUUUCAAGUGAAGCGCAGACCAAUCCCAGCAUUUUCAGCCUCUGGUACCGUUGGUUGCAGAACCCAUCAAGGGCUUAUCUCCAUUGUGAGAAUAUGGCUUUUAAUUCAGUUCCACCUGGUUUUGCGUCUCGUACAUCCUUCGUGCUGAAGAGGAUGGAAAAAGUUGAAGAAACUAAUGGUGUCAAUGUUUCUAAACAAGACCCAAUCCAGAUGGACUCCACAUCUGACCUGACUGACAUGGAUAAACUGAAAAGAUCUCUUCAACAUAGGCCAUGGAUACUUUUCGACCAAAGUGAUUACAACUCAGAGGAACCUGAAUCUGAACAGUUUGAUAUGGAUCCCCCUGCAAAAACUUGCCUCCCUAAAGGUGUUACUCAUGGAUGUCCAGAUUGCAGUGAUUGUCUGAAGGUAACAGGAAGGUGGCGUCCUGAAGAUGCAAGAAUAGAUGUCCUUGAAGAAGCACCUGUUUUCCACCCAACAGAAGAGGAAUUUAAAGACGUGCUUAAAUAUAUUGCAACUAUACGUGCAAGAGCAGAGCAAUAUGGUAUUUGUCGUAUUGUUCCUCCUCCUUCCUGGAAACCUUCAUUUCUUACUAAGGAAUACACCAUAUGGAAAAGAUCUACAUUUUCUACCCAUAUUCAGCGGAUUGAUGGGCUACGAAAUCAGAGUUCACCGAGUAAUAUGGUUGGCUUUUAUGAAAGCACAAAAAAGAAGAGGAGAAGAAUCUUGGGAGUGGGUUUGGACAGUGGAUCUACCUCAAGUCCAGGUGAAACAGGACAUUCAUAUGUCAAAGGCUUUGAACCAGAACCUGGUCGAGAAUUCACUCUUGAGAAUUUUAAGAGAUAUGCAGCUGAUUUCAAGAGUCAAUAUUUCCGUAUAAGUGAAGUCAGAGGCAGACAAGAGAAGUGGGUUCCAUCACUGGAGAAUAUUGAAGCUGAAUAUAAACGUAUUACUGAGAACCCAACUGAAGAGAUUGAGGUGCUUUGUGGUGAUAAUUUGGAAACUAAAGCUCUUGGCAGUGGAUUUCCAACAGUAUCCAAAGAUUCCAAUCCUUUGGCAACGUCAGAUCACCCUGAAUUUUUAGCAUCAGGCUGGAACUUAAAUAAUCUACCCAGACUGCCUGGUUCUCUUCUUUCUUUUGAAAGCCAUGACACUUGUCAUAUUUUGGUACCUCAGGCUCGUGUGGGAAUGUGCUUUUCAUCUUUUCAUUGGAAAGUUGAAGAGCACCAUUUAUACUCAUUGUCUUACACACAUCUCGGUGCUCCGAAAUUAUGGUAUGGUGUCCCUGGGAAAUAUAGUGUUAAUUUUGAGGCAGCCAUGAGGAGCUCCUUUUCAGAAUCAUCAUCAGAACAGCCUGAAUUGCGAAAUAGGCUGGUUAAACAAUUACCGCCCUCCACACUGAAAUCACAGGGCAUACCAGUCUUUCGUUGCAUUCAGUCUCCUGGGGAGUUUGUUCUUGUCCUUCCAGGGGCUUAUCAUUCGGGAUUUGAUUGUGGCUUUAAUUUUUCUGAGACAGCAUGUGUUGCUCCCCUAGACUGGUUGCCUCAUGGACAGGAGGCUGUUGAACUUUACUGUGAACAGGGGAGGAAAACAUCUAUAUCCCAUGAUAAGCUGCUGCUUGGAGCAGCUAGGGAAGCUGUGAGGGCACAGUGGGAUUCACUGUUUAGGAAGAACACCUCAGAUCAUUUCCUCUGGAAAGAUGCCUUUGGAAAGGAUGGGAUCUUAACACAUGUAUUCAAGUCACGUCUCAGUUCUGAAGCCAUUUGCCGGAAAUAUCUUUGCAAGUCUAAACAGUCACGGAGGAUGAAAUCAAAUUUUGAUGCUACAAGCAAAAAGGAGUGCAGCAUUUGUCUCCGUGAUCUGCAUUUUUCUGCGGCAGCUUGUCCUUGUUCUGCAGACAGAUAUUCAUGUCUGUUACACGCAAAGCAACUGUGUUCUUGUGCUUGGAGUGACAAGGUUUUCCUCUACCGUCACCAGAUCGAUCAUUUAUAUCUACUUCUUGAAGCUUUGGAAGGAAAGUUAGAUGCAGUCUUCAAAUGGGGCAAAGAUGAUCUUGGAUUGGCUCUGCACGUGCAUCAUCCAAAGGAUAUUGGGCAUGUAGAUGGUCCAACCACUAAUGCUGAGAAAACUAAACAGAAAGAGUCCAUCAUGUCUCAAGAUGCAUUCAGGGCAGAAUUGAAGGCACGUAUGCUGCAAUCAACAAUUUUGAAUGAACAGAAAGCAAAGGAGAUCAUCACAAGCACAACAGGAAAUAAUGCUCCUCCUCUACUGACAGAGGCGAUGAAGGGGACGAACAAUACUCCGUUUCCACCGAUAGAGGCAAUAGAGGAGACAUCCGAUGUUUCAUCUGUAAGUACAAGUGAAACAAGUUCCUCAGACUCUCAGGAUUUAAUCCCAGAUCUUGACUUUCUUUUCCGUGGAAAAGAACAAGCAGCCUGUCCUCUCGAGAAAGGCAGUGUUCCUGGGAAGCUAUCGAAAGGUGGUCAUCCAGCCGACAAUGGGGCAUCUUCGAACCUUUUGGUUUCAGAGAAUCAAACUUCAAGAAAAGCAGGCUCUCAGAGUGGAAUUGUUCUUCUUAGUGAUGACAGUGAUGGUUAGUUGUUAUGUGAACCCAAUAUAACGUUGAUGGUGAAACAUGAGAUUUAGAAAUAUUCAAAUUCUCCAUGA